AUGGGUUACGCAAUCCUGCCCGCGUUGAUCCCGGACAUCGAAAAGGUCUAUGACGCCUACUUUAAAGCGUUCAAGGGUGACGUUAUGGGAGAAAUCAUGGUCAAAAUACUGUUCCCAGACGGAGUAGACUCUGAAGAGUUUCGCAAAGCCCACACCGCGGGCACUCUGUCGUGGUGGCACCACACCGACUGCCAAUACACAUACAAGUGCGUCGACACCGACACAGGGGAGAUCGUUGGCAUGGCUCUGGGUGAUAUCUACCUCAAAGAACGGAGUGAAGAAGAGCGUAAAAAUCCCGGUGUAGCCUGGCUUGAGGGAGCGGCCAGAGAGCGUGCCGAGGCGGUUCUCAAGCCACUUCACGAUGUCAGAGAAAAGCUGUUUGGCCGGCGACGGUACAUUUACGUCCAUGUUAUUGCCGUCGAUCCGAAACAUCAAGGCAGAAAGGCUGGUGCCCUCUGGUGUAAGUGGGGGAUUGAGCUCAGCAACAGCCUGGGGAUCCCCAUUUACUUCGAAUCGUCACCCUCAACCUACCAGUUGUACGAGAAAAUGGGCUACGAGACCCUGGACGAGAAGAUUAUCCACAAGGCGGAGCUGAUUGGCACGGCCGAGGAUAUUGAGGUGCCUCUCAUGGUCAAGAUGCCCGCUUGUGCAGGGGGCAUGACUUUCAAAGAAUGGCGCAGCGUGGGGUACCCUUCCUUCGGGGAGGUCAAAAAAGGCCUAGUCACUCCCGUGGUCAAUGUCACGCCGGCCAAGGAAAAGGUCGAGGUCCAGCCUUCGGGAGGUGCAGGUUUUAAGGGUUGGAGGCAUUUGUGGCGACGGCUUUUCCUGUGCGGGCAACAAUGA